CGCAAUUCUCUCUCUCUCGAACUGUAGUCCCCGGCCGCCUUUAUCCCUCGCGCGCCCCAUCAGGCUGAUUGGGGACCGGGUGUGUCUCAUUCCAGCCCGGCCCCGCCCUCCUCGGCUCUACACUCCUCCCGGCGUUGCCUCAGGGCGGGGAGCCCCCGGCAUGACUUACAUCCCCCCCGCCCUUCCUCUCCGGGGGGGUGCGUGCGUGCCUUAAGCCCCGACUGCCGGCGGGUCCUCCCCGCCUUCCUCGACCAGGGAGGAGACAGGAGGAGAAAAACAACACAAAAUGGCGAGGGAAAGGCCAACACAGAGCGACAGAGAGAGAGAGAGAGAGAGAGAGAAAGAAACUCACCGGUUCUCUGAUGCGCCGUCGCAUGGUCCUCGAUCACUACUCCACCCUCUCAGGCAGACUGCAGCCGCUCCUCCCCGGGCGGACCGGAGUCAGACCUCCGACCCCCAGCGGACAGAUCGCCCCUCCGCGUUCCCGGCGUCCCGUGGGGACUCUCCUCCGCCCCUGGCAGCGGCCCUACCACUCCAGGCGGUCGGGGAGUCGCUUCCCUCCUCCCCCCGCGGACGGCGGUCUUCUCUCGACCCCUCCGCGUUCCCGGGGGACGGCAGGGCACUCCUCCGCCCCCGGCAGCGGCUCCCUCGCUCCAGGCGGUCGGGGAGUCCCGUCCCCACUCGCCUCGCGGACCCCAUCAGGCUGAUUGGGGACCGGGUGUGCCUCAUUCCAGCCCGGCCCCGCCCUCCUCGGCUCUACAGUGAUCAAAGAACUGAAUUACACAGAUAGGAAUUAGCAUGAUUAAAAAGAUCUGGCAGGUAUCACUUUACGUCUGCAUUUGUUUUGCCCCCCUUUAGCAAGCAGAAAGACCCAGAGAGCUAGCAUGUCCAAAGCCACACCAAUGCCGGAGCCCAUUUGUUUGGUGGAGAAUGUGAGUGGAUCACUCUGCAUCUGUAAAGACGCCAUUGAACUCCUGAGUAGGAUCAAUGAGCCGGUGGUGGUGGUGUCUGUGGUGGGACUCUACCGUACAGGGAAGUCAUACCUUAUGAACCGCCUGGCAGGUCAACAGUCAGGCUUUGCUCUCGGAAAUACAAUCGAGUCGAAAACCAAAGGCAUUUGGAUGUGGUGUGUGCCUCACCCCAUAAAAGAAGGGCAUACUCUGGUGUUGCUGGACACAGAAGGACUGGGUGAUGUGGACAAGGGAGACUCUAAGAAUGACGGAUGGAUCUUCUGUUUGGCUGUUCUUCUCAGCAGCACUCUGGUGUACAACAGCCGUGGCACCAUCGAUAACAAUUCACUGGAACAGCUGCACUACGUUACUGAACUCGCUGAGCAGAUCAAGAUCAGAUCUCCAUCAAAAGCAGCAGAUGAGGAGGAUGAGGAUUCUCAUUUUGUGCGUUUUUUCCCCUCAUUUGUCUGGGUCGUAAGAGAUUUCACCUUGGAUUUGGAAAUAGAUGGAAGGAGAGUGUCAGCGGACGAGUACCUCAACUUUGCCCUCCAGCUGAAGAAAGGUGUGAAUAAGAAAACCAGUGACUACAACUUGCCCCGUCAAUGCAUCCGGAAUUAUUUCCCAACCCGGAAGUGCUUUGUGUUCCCAUCUCCAACCUCAUCAGAUAAAAUGAAAUGCUUAGAAAGUCUACAAGAAGAAGACCUAGUGCCGGAUUUUUUGGAGGUCACACAUCAUUUCUGUCACCACAUGUUUGUUGAGAGUGCUGUGAAAACACUGAAAGGAGGACACAGAGUUACUGGGAGAUUACUUGGUCAUCUGGCGCAGAAUUAUGUGGAUACAAUCAGCAGUGGUCGUGUACCCUGUAUGGACAAUGCAGUGGUUACUCUGGCAAAUCUAGAGAACCAGGCAGCCGUUCAAGAAGCUUUAAAAGUGUAUCAAAGUGGGAUGGAAGAGGUGAAGAGUAAGUUUCCAGUAAAUGUGACUGAUCUUACAUCGGAACACCAGAAGUUCAGCAACUUGGCUACCUCCGAGUUCAUGAAACGUUCCUUUAAAGAUGAAAAAGGAGAAUACCAUACAAAACUACAGGAAGACAUAGAUAUGUACUAUGUAGACCUGAUAGAUAAGAAUGAGAUGGCAUCACAGCAAAAGUGCGGACAGCUGCUGAAGAAUUUGUUCUCUGAGAUGAGUGAGCGGUUGCAGAAUGGAGUGUACAGUCAGUCUGGAGGAUAUGAACUCUAUUGCAGAGACAGAGAUGACAUCAUUGCAAAAUACCGCAGUGAGCCCAACAAAGGAGUCAGGGCCGAGGCUGUGCUGAAUGAGUUUUUGAAUGAAAGGGGAGCUGAAGCAAAAAGUAUCCUUUACACUGACAAAAAACUCACUGAGAAUGACAAAAAGAUUCAAGAGGAGAAAGAAAAGGCGGCUCUGCUGGAACAGAAAUGUAAAGAGGAGGAAGAGAAACGAAUUGAGAGUGAACGAAUGAUGGUGGUAGAGAAAAAGCGGCAGGAGGACAGAAUGAGGCAGAUGGAGGAGAAGAUGAAACAGGAGAUGCAGCAGCAACAGCAGGAGAUGGACAGAGCUCUGGAGAGCAAACUGAAGGAGCAAGAAGAGAUGCUAAAGAAAGGUUUUAAAGAGAGAGCUGAUUUCCUUGGUGAAGAGAUAAAAAAUCUAAAGAAAGAAAAGGAAGAGAACAGUGGUGCAUUUAAGCAAUAUGUGAUGCCUCUUCUCAGUACUGUGGCAAAUGUGCUUCCCAGCUUGCUCCAAUACAAAAUGAUGAAAAGCGUGCUCAAAAAAUAAUUACAAGGGGGGGAUCAAGGGAAGGGCAACAGACACUCAUUUACUCCUAAUUUAACUUAAGUUUCUUUUUCCUGGGUGUCUGAGUUACUUAAGGCUCUGGCUGAAAGUACAUUUACAGACAGUGCUGGGUAGUAACGGAUUCCAUGGAAUCUGGAUUAUGAAAAUCAAGCACUUGUAACUAUUCAUAUAAACUGGAUUACACUACAGAAACUUUUUUAUGGAUUACAUGUUAAUUAGGCAAUGGUAGUAAAUUGUUAUUGAUCACUGUAAUUUUCUAAUUUUUAAAUCUGUUAUUAAACAAGGUUUAACAAAAUGUAAUCUGCCCACAUAACCUGAUGUUUAGUCCAAACGGGCUACCUAAUCCUGAUCUAUGCUAAUCAAUGAUUAACACCAUGAGACACUCCAUAUAUCUUGUACCUCAGUUUAGGAAUAAUUGAUGGACAUUUGAUUUUAUGUUAAUAUUCGUAGUGUUGCUAUUGUUUUAUGCACUUAGUUGAUUCUGAUGUCUCUGUGUAAUGUUUAAUGGACUUUUAAACAAUAUCUUAAGGACUUUUUUGUGAUGCUCUUUUUGUUAUCAAUAAAGAAUGGAACAUUUA